AGUUUCACAUAAUAUUUAUCGUUUUCUUGGUGGUUACAAAAUACUCACUAUGAAACCCAAUUUGUGAUCACUAAUCAAUCACAUGUAUCAUGCAUUUUGUUUAUGACACCCAAUUCUGUAAUUUUCAAAAAAGUCCAAUUAGCAUUGAUCUUAAAUUGAUGAACGGCUAUAAGAGAGUGAAUGAUAUUGAACUUAAGAUUAUCAAUCAUAUCAUUCCCGCGUUACACGCUUUUUUGUCUUUCAUUUUUCUCCGACUUUUUUUCUCUUCCUCUCUAAUAAUCAAACAAAUAUCUUCAACUAUUUCCUCUCUUUCUCUUUCUCAUUUUCUUUUCCAUCAUUAUAAUAAUAAUAAUAACAUAACAUCUCUCUGUUCUGUUUUGUUUUUAUUUUUUGGAUUUCUAGUUUUUUUUUUUUCGCUAGGAACUCGAACACGAGUUUGGUUCCUUUGCUUUCUGUGUUAUCAUCACAACAACAUUACAUUAUCAUGUGCCUUUGCUCUUCCAAAUAUUUCAUUAGCUUCUUAAUAUGCAAAACGUUUUGAAACUGUGUUGUUGAUAAGAUUAAGAUCCGACGGGUAGGAGAAGAGAAGAUAUAUAUGGAUUUGACUUGUGAUUGAUUGUAAAUAAAGUGAAGUUGGAGUUUAUAUAUAAUAAAGUGUGAAUUUUGAUUAAUUGGAAAUUAAAAGUGGUUAAGAAAAUGGGUGUUGGGAUGCUUGAAAUGUUAAAAACUUCGGAUUAUGCAUCCGUAAUAUCUAUGAACCUAUUUGUGGCUCUUCUGUGUGCUUGUAUAGUAAUUGGUCAUCUUCUUGAAGAGAAUCCAUGGAUGAAUGAGUCUAUCACUGCCCUUUUAAUAGGUCUUUGCACUGGCGUUGUCAUUUUGUGGUUAAGUGGCGGUAAAAGCUCACAUCUUCUUGUUUUCAGUGAAGAUCUUUUUUUUAUAUACCUUCUUCCUCCCAUCAUAUUUAAUGCUGGGUUUCAGGUUAAAAAGAAGAGGUUUUUUGUUAACUUCAUCACCAUUAUGAUGUUUGGUGCUAUUGGUACAUUAAUAAGCUGUAGCAUCAUAACUUUUGGUGUAUCCCAAAUUUUUAAGAGAAUGGGUAUUGGUACAUUGGAUCUAGGGGAGUCUCUAGCAAUUGGUGCAAUAUUUGCUGCCACAGAUUCUGUGUGCACAUUGCAGGUGUUAAACCAGGAUGAGACACCUUUACUAUAUAGCAUUGUAUUUGGAGAGGGUGUUGUGAAUGAUGCUACUUCUGUGGUGCUUUUCAAUGCAAUCAAAAGUUUUGAUCUUGAACAACUUGACCAUGGAAUUGCUUUGCUAUUUUUUGGCAACUUCUUGUAUUUGUUCAUAGCAAGCACCUUGCUUGGAGUUUUGGGUGGUCUACUUACUGCUUAUAUUAUCAAAAAGCUCUAUUUUGGCAGACACUCUACUGAUCGCGAGGUUGCUCUCAUGAUGCUAAUGGCAUACCUUACCUACAUUUUGGCUGAAUUAUGGUAUCUGAGUGGCAUUCUCACUGUAUUCUUUUGUGGGAUUGUAAUGUCUCAUUAUACAUGGCAUAAUGUGACUGAGAGUUCAAGAAUAACUACCAAACAUGCUUUUGCAACACUUUCAUUUGUUGCUGAGACCUUUCUCUUCCUUUAUGUUGGUAUGGAUGCCUUGGACAUUGAAAAAUGGAGAUUUGUUAGUGAUAGACCUGGAACAUCUGUUAUUGUGAGUUCAGUAUUAUUAGCUCUAGUACUCAUUGGAAGAGCAGCAUUUGUUUUCCCCUUAUCUUUCUUAUCCAAUUUGACUAAAAAGUCACAAAAUGAGAAGAUAAGCUUCAGGCAGCAGAUAAUCAUUUGGUGGGCCGGUCUUAUGAGAGGUGCUGUUUCAAUGGCACUUGCCUAUAAUGAGUUCACUAUGUCGGGGCACACUCAACUGCGAUUCAAUGCUAUCAUGAUCACCAGUACAAUCACUGUUGUGCUUGUCAGCACAAUGGUGUUUGGUAUGAUGACUAAGCCACUAAUAAGGUAUUUGCUACCUCUUGGUCCACCUCCAAAACGGAAAAACAGCAUGGUAAAUCUUGAAGACUCUUCACCUUCACCAAAAUCAAUAAAUGUGCCAUUCCUUGGAGAUAACCAAGAUUCAGAAGUUGAAACUGAUGUCAAUGAUUCACAAGGUCCAAGCAGCAUUCGUGAUUUACUAACUACUCCAACACACACUGUUCAUCACUUAUGGCGUAAAUUUGAUGAUGCAUUUAUGCGUCCAGUUUUUGGUGGCAGGGGUUUUGUUCCUGUUGCCCCCAGCACGCCAACUGAAUACAACGCCAAACCAGAAUGGCAUUGAGAAGGAAGCCAAGAAACUUGUAAUUUGUAUGUAAGUAUUGUAAAACUGAAAACCUUUUGAAGAUCGAGCAGGAUAUGUGUAAGAAUUAUAGAUAGUUAGGGAUAGUGAGAAGGCUGUUUGCCACAGGUUCUGUUUCUAACAGCAGGCUAUAUUAGAUUUUGGCAUCUUUAGCCCGUGAUUCAAGUGGUGUGUAUGCUUGUAAGAAAGAAAAUGCACGAAGAGAUAAAUGAGUGAUAGUGUAGAUUAAACAAGUUGUAUGGCAAAAGAGAAAAAAGUAAAUUAAAAAAAAAAAAAAAAAAAAAG